UCCUCUCCGCCAGAAGCGGCGAUGGCGACGGGAGACGGAGGCGAGGAGGAGCCGCCGCGGGGAAAGGAGGCCGGGCCGCACCUCGGGCCCAGCGGCGACCUGGGGCAAAUGGACAAACGAAGGUUGUGCCGAGAGCCCCCAGUAGAGAAAAGAGGCCCCUACAUUAUGCACAAACCAUCUUCUAUUCAGGAUAAGCUACAAAAACAUCGCGAGAUGGCGAAGGCAAUGCUGCGGAAGAAAGGGGUGCUUUCAGGAGCUGUCCGGCAACAGCCCAAACCAGGAGGCGUGAGGACGGUGAAAUUCAACAAGGGCUACACUGCGCUCAGCCAGACUUCAGAUGAAACUUUGGUGGCCCUUGAUUCCGACAGUGAUGACCUGGAAUCCAGAUGUUCCUCCGGUUAUUCCUCAGCAGAGGUCAACCAGGAUCUCAGUCGGCAACUGCUGCAGGACGGCUACCGCUUGGAUGAGAUCCCUGACGACGAGGAUCUCGAUCUGAUCCCCCCAAAGCCCAUUUCGUCCUCGCUCUGCUCCUGUUGCUUUGGCGACUCCGCCUCCUGCUCCAUCCAGUAGGAAGAAGCCUUGGGAGGGCUGCACUAACACGGGUCAAGGAUUCAGCACUUUUCUUUCCCAAAUUCCUCUCUUUGUUUUGGAUCCCCGCUGAGCCCAGCCCUGAACUUUAGGUCAAAUCAGCGGGACUGGGGGUGGGGGCAACUCUGGAGAUUCGGCCCCUGGAAGGGCAAGGCACUGCACUGUUGGCACCUUGCUCAGAGCUCCAAGCGCCUUCUGGAUGGUGCGACGUAGAAGUGUAUUAACUGUUAAGUAUUCAGGAGGCUGAUGGAUGCCCUGUGCAAAGAGAGGUUGCUUCUCUGGACAGGUUCGGCACUCCUGAGGGACUGAUCAGGAGGCAAGGGUUACUCCCCAUAAAAGGUGAACAGAAAACCUGUGUGUGCGUGUAAAAGUGAACGAUAGCAAUCCCGAUGACUAGGUUUACAAUAUAUUGGAGGUCAAUACACGAAGGGGGGGAGGAAAUGCUGCAUAGAGACAGAAGGAAGAGAUUUACUCCCAGGUUGCUUUUUCUGACGAGAGCGAAGUUCUUGAGAUGCUUCUGCAGGACCUCUUUAGAAUGGAGAUCUUGUCUUGCACGAGGUGGGGAGAGCAGGUUGCACCACGUUUUCUUGAGGACGUGGGCCUUUUCUUCGUCUCCAGCCAGCCUUGUCGAUGGCUUUAAUUACUACAACCAUUGGGUCGCUCAUUCCGUUCUCUUUAGGGAGUAAGUAAAAGGGAAGGAGGUUGAAAGAUGCCUGAGCUCUAAUAUUCAGCCUUUAAUUGAUCUCCUGAAAAGAGUCUCAAGGCCACCUGACCUUAGCAAUAGCUUAUCCUUCUGUUUGAAGGUUGACCCGCUCGGAUCCAUGGGCAAGUUGGGCCACGAAACUGCAAAUCUUCUGGGAAACUACUGGCCUUAAAUGUGCAAGAGAUGGCUGACAAUUCUUGAACAAAUUGAUUUAUUUGGUAGAUGGGAUUUUUGGGGGGUUGCUUUGGACCCAUUUCCUUUUUGGGGGCGGUAAAGGAAAUAAGAGGAAGCUAAGUGAGGAGGACAAGGUUGAAGCUUUUUAGAUACCUGGGCUCAUCAGUUUUGCAGAUCACGUACAGCUCUUGCGUUAUCAAGCUAUCCAUUACUUUCAAUGUUUUCUAAACUUGUUGCCCUUCAAGCGGACGAAGGUCCUAUCAUCCCCCAUGCUUAGAAAGAGCCCAUGAAGACCACCAAGGAUCUUCUGCAUGAAAUUAACCCGUGGAAAAGGACCCUUGCAUGCUCUCAGCCCAUUUCACCUCUGGACCUCCUUGUAACAAAGGAUGAGUUUUAGGCAGUUUGCAGAGACUGUGUAGUGUGUAACUUGUGUGGCAAGCAGUUCUGGGGAAGAAGAGUCAAGAUCUAGUCUUCUUAGAUCACCAACACCGACUGACCCAGAACAGAAACGGUCUGUACUUGACCAUUUUAAAUCAGUUGUUCUGAAGCGGCAUGUCUCAACCGACAUGUCGGAGAUGUUGAUGGGACAGCCGCUAUGUCCAUCUCUAGUGACAAGAUGUGGGAUUUCUGGAUGUUGGAUAGGAUGUUCUGGAUCUUGGAUGGGAGAUGUUGUAAUCAGAGUGUAGUAGAGUUCAUCAACAUGAAAUUGUCCAUCUUCGCUUCAUUGGUUGGGGGUGGGGGGAAACUCAAUGUCAUCUCCCAAGUUUGAUCGUAGAAGAUCUGCAGUUCUUCCACUGCAUUCCUGCAAUUUGAGAAGGAUGUCCCAGUGUCGACAUCCUAAACAUCUCGCUUCUGCUCGCAGCCUCCUUCCCCCCCCC